AUGGCUGGGAGCGGAGCAGGGGGUCGGGUCCUGAAUGCUGUGCAGGAAAAGAGGCGGAAACAGCCCUGUCCAUGGCGCCCUGCUCCUCCGCUCCUGACCCCCGUGCUGUGGCCCCGCGUGGUGUGGCCCCGCGUGGUGUGGCCCCGCAUGGUGCGGCCCCCCGUGGUGUGGCCCCGCGUGGUGUGGCCCCGCGUGGGGUGCCAUCCUGCCUCCAGUCCGUUUGCCAGAAAGUCGGGCGGCAGCCUGUCGGAGCAGCUCGCGGUUCUGCGGUUCUCCCGAGCAGCGCCGGCCUUGCUCCCUCCGGCCAGCGGCGGCGGCGGCGGCGGCGGCGGCUGCAGCGGCGGCGGCGGCGGCUGCAGCGGCGGCAGCGCAGUCCCUCCGGGAGGCGCGGUGUUGGCCGAGCGGCGGCCGCGGAGCUUCUUGUCCAGCGCGGCGGCGGCAGCGGCGCGGCCCCGAGAUGGUCCGCGGGCAGGUGUUCGACGUGGGCGGCGCUCCAGCAACCUGCUACACCGGCGAGGGCUCCCCCGGCGUCGUGUGGGCCCUGUUGCAAUGAGAGUGGCAAAGUUAGCAAUUAAUCAAGGGAUGGAGGUCGAUCUGGUCACAGGAUUAGCCAUCGAAGAAGCGUGCUACGCUCAGACUAUUCCAACAAAAGACAGACUUGAAGGCCUUCUUGCUUUUAAAGAGAAGAGGACCCCUCGCUAUAAAGGAGAAUAGGAGAAACAGAAAUGGUUAAAUUGCCAGUGUCAUAAAGGUACUUCUGGAAGCAUCUCUCAGACCCAGAUGUGCCUCGGUACCUGGAAUCCCAAUGGCCAAAGUGAAGAGCGAGUUACUCGUAUACUGAGCUAGGUGUCUGGAGUGACCCCUGCGUGUACUUUGUCCCACUGUGCAUCAUCGCGUCCAUUCAGAUUUAUAAAGCUGGUGACGAACACUGUCAAAACAUCGACUCAGAAUUAGGUACACAUUUCUAAAUACCUCCUGCAUAUGAGGCUUUCUGUUCUUAAAUUUUUUAAUGUGAAUAAUUUAUAUAUAUUGCACACUCUAGGAAAUAAUAAUGAUUGUAUGUCUCCAGUGCUACCGUAUGAAAAUAAAAUUAUUUCUAUAUACCAAAAAUGUGAAGUUAUACCAAAUAAAGUUCCUAAGGGAUCAUGCACAUACGCAGCCGCACACGCACGUCUCAUCCUGAAAGAGGAGCCGACAGGCAGAAUUCUGAGUGAAAAUGACCAAAUACAAAUGAAAUCAGUGAAAAGAAAACUUGGACAUUUUUCUCUUACCCCGUUCUUUUUGUACUGAAUAAAUCAUCGCCUGUUGGAUUUUAGAUUCUCUCGGGUGACCUCUUUACGUGGUCAGUCCUAGACUACAGUGUGGACGGUGCAGAAUUAAUCCAGAAAGAGACCGGGGCCACCUGAAGGCCUGGAUGCUGUUCACCUCCACGCCCCCCGCGAGCAGGCGGCCGGGCCCAGGAAGGAGACGGCGCAGCCAGGGUGGCCGUCCCAGCGGUGGAGUCCUGGAUGAAGAGUGAAGCCUCCUCCCUGCUCCCCUGCCCUCAGCCCUUUACGCCUGGUUCCAGUCAGGACGGGCGGUGGGCGCAGCCCCUUUCGCCCCCUUCUGGCAGAAAUGUCCUGCCUUCCUACCCCUGGAGGAGCUCGGGGUGUGUGAGUUUAUACAGCCCUGCGUGGGGGACAGACAGGACGGGUGAGGGAAGUAGUGAACUGGAGAAUCCAGGGCGGAGGGGAGAGAGGACCAGGGCGGCUCCCGGGGCGGAUCUGCGCUGUUGCCUUUGCGUUUGAUCAAAGCAGCCUACCUGCCCUGGCCGCGUCCCGGGCCACGUCCAGCAGCUGGCGAUGCCCCACUGAGCCUGGACCGCGCCUGUUCCUCGCCGGCCCCGAGCACAGCAGCUGGGCAUCACCGCCCCGAAGUCAAGCUUGGCACGUGCGUGACCUGUUCGUGCCUCCCCCCGGCUCAGCACCACGGCUCCCUUGCUCUUGGAAGCAGACUUGGAAUGUUUAAAAUCACUGAAACUUAAUUUUUUUUUAACUUUGGGAAAUUAGACUCAGUCUCAAUUCGAAAUACCUUGAAAAGAGGCAAAUGUGGCCUUGGCCUCAGGGGUCCGGCGUCCUCACCACACACGUCCUUGUGCUCGGGGGCCCCUUUGCUGCUCACUCUGCCGAUUUAUGAUGUUGGCUCAGCCGAUGGGCAUCCUUUGAAAGGAGCUUGUGAAUUCUAAGAUUCACCUUCAGCUCUGAGGUGGUGUGUACACUUGGCUGAUAAACCCGCGCCCUUCAUUUCAUGCUGGAUGAUUUGCAGAUAAAGUGCUGGUCCCUGUUUUCAUGGCCCCUGAAAGGUUUCAGGACCGUUUUGUUCUGUCCAUGUCGCGUUCCAGUGCCACCUGCAUUUUAACUGAGUAGGAAAGAAUUACGUUAACGGGGAGAAAUAUUGAGGGUGCCGAGUGACUUGACUCCCCUAACUUGGAUUUGUAGUCUGUUGCUGAGGGAAUGCAUUUCCUAACAAGUGCUGAUUAAGUCACUGGAGAGCAUCUGAAAGCAGACGUCCUGUGGUAGCAUCGGCGCGUCUUCCCGGCUGUCUGUCUAGACGUGUGCCUUCCCCUUGGUUUCUCUCCAGCAGAGCAUCUUGCUGAGACGGACGGGGUCCCGACACCACCCUGGGCCCAGGGGCAGCAGCUGGGUGCUGCGGGCGCCCUGCGCUUCCCGGAGGGGGCGGCACCUGCGCUGGCCGGUGGACAGGCAGCCCCCUCUGUCUCCCUCCAGGGCUUGGAGUGCUGUCGCGUCCUUCCACUGAAACCACGUCACACUGACGUGGCUGGAGGUGCGGCAGGUGUAUCCACACGUUCAGGUGAAGUUAAAAGACGACGGAGGGAGGAUGAUUAACUGGACACACAUCAUUCCAGGGGAAAAACAUUCCGUAUCAGCUCAGAGCAGGAGACUUACUGGUCUUGAAGGAACGUAGGGCUGGUUAAUUUAUAACUUACCUCUGAAGGAAACAGCAGUCUCCAAGCCACAGAGAGGCUCUGAGUCAAAAGUUGUAAUCGUGGUCAAAAUAAGACUCAUUUUCUGUGCCUUAAAGGGACAUUUCAGGUUUGUGUUGUGUUCAGUGAAAAACAGACCUGGUUCUCCUGUCUUUUUUUUUUUCCUUCUGGCUGUCAAAAAAACUGGUCGCAAAGUGUUACCUUUCUGCUAGCACUUAGCGCGGAGCUUUGCACAUAGACUGGCGUCGUGGGGUGUCAUUUUGUGGGUGCCGUUUUAACAGGAAAUGCUGAUUUCUUUCUGAUGGACUCAUGGCUGGCUGGCCAUUCACCCUUUUCCUCAUUUGACCUUAACUCCCUCUUCUGGUUAGGGGCCGCCCUACAUGUGCUCUGAUUUGGGGUCCAAAACUCCUGGCAGGCAGACGGACUUUUUCACUGUUCAAUCACGUCAUUAUUGUUUGUCUCCCUACAUAGUUAAAUAUUAACUAAAAUGUGUGUCAGGAUUUGCUGCGCUUUUUCAAAAGACAAUAGAAAUGAUUUUCUUACGUUUAAAAAGAAUGUGUACAUGUGUCACAAAAGAAAACAAACAAAAAAAACACAGCAUUUUAAAGUUCGUUGGCUAUUCUACAUUUUGAAAUCGUGUCGCUCACCAUGACAGCAGACCCCAAACUGUAAUUCUCUGCUGGUCCCAAAUAAACCCAUUUUUGCUAUUGAAUAAAUAAAUAAAUUAAUUAGUUAAUUAAAAAAAGAAAAAAAGUUCGUUGGCAGUAUUCUGGUAAAAUGAGAAUCACUCUUCCGCAGAGAUGAAACAGGCUGUAAGUACCUCCUUUUUGGGAAUCUUCCGAAACCCAGCCGCCCCUCCGAGGGAGAGCCGCUAAUCCUCAGACAACGUGGUGCGCGUUGUUCAGACCAGUCCUCGGGGCAGAGAACUGGGCCCCACCGGGGGGCAUGAAGGAACCCAGGGAUGCGUGAAGAGACGCCCCUCUUGGGGUCAGGCCAGCCCUCGUGACCCUGGGCCACGCAGCACAAGCGCCAAGGAGGCAGGUUGGCAGAUGCCCUUCCUCCUAAGCUGACAGUUCCCUGGGACCAGCAAAGCGACCUCAGAGCCACCCGCCUGUCCGUUCCCGUUUUAAAGUACAGAAAACACAGGACGGUGUGUUUUCAUUCCAUGUGACUUUUUUGACAGAAUCACUGAAGACGUGGAUGUGAAUGAGAUGGGAGGUGAGGGCUGGGGAUCCUCAUGGUAAAAUGGCGACAGUUUGUGAGGCCCUAAGUCCAUCCUGUGAGCAUCCGAAAAGGGGGGGGCACCGCUGUUCCCGGGGCCCAGAGCAGGAGGCUGGAGCCGAGCGGGAUUCCAGGUGGGUGGAGGGGUCAGGAACUGGACCUGGGGCCGUUGCCCUGUCAUUGCUGUCGAGCCUGAAAACAGCUGAACAACGCAACCCAAGGCGCUGUGUGAGCCAGCCUUUGCCCAGACCGGUUUCGGUGUCCCCAUCACUUGGAUUCCGAGACUAAAUGUGCGGAAUGAGCGGUCUGAUGGGGGGACAGCUGGGGCGACAGCGCCAGCUAUUCCUGCUCAGUGCCACCUCUGAACUGAGCGCUGUUUACCUGCGUGUUCCAUCCAGUACUCCACAGCCUCAGGAAAUGGGUUUGUCAUUUUAGAGUUUAAGAAACUGAGGCAAGAGCUGGAUUUGUGGCAGGCGUGCUGAAUUCAGAGCCCCAGCGUUCACUCCCUUUCGCUCCCUUAGGCAAAGGUGGCAUUUUGGAACUUCAGUAUGGAGGAGGUUUAAAAGAAAUUCUAAGAUGUUACUUUAUGCAAUUCCUGUUUCUGUUACUGAGUUCUGUUCACCGCACGACAGGCCAAUAAAUUGGGAGACAAGGUA